AUGUCGAGCCUGGGGGAAACGCGGCGCGUGUGCCGCAUCCAGCUCCCGAGCUUGGCGCGCUUCGUCAAGACCAGUGGACAUUCGUUUGGUAUUUACGUGGCUGGUGCCGUGUUUGCUGCGGGGUGGUGGCUGUUCUUCGAUGCGUGCAUCCGCUCAGGCUCCCGGCAUCCGCCCGUGGCGCCGCCCGCACCCGGGCAGCCGAUCGAGCCACCUGUGCAUGAUGUGCGCAUUCUCUUUGACGACUGGGUACCGGGUAUAUGUGCCACGAUUGGCUUGGCGAUCGUCAACCUUGUCGAUAAGCGCCACCUGGUGGACGAUGGCUCCGCCCUGGGCACGUGGCGCGAUGACCCUGUGAUGUGGCGCACACGUACGUGGCUGUUUGUCGGCUUUGCCUUCUUGGCAGGCGGCCUGGCUGGCAGUCUCGCCUUGCUGAUUAUCAAGUACAUGAUGAAUCCGCAUGCCGUGGGAUACGUGGAGUACGGCGUGGCGAGCGUCUUGCAGAACUUGGCCAUUAUGGCCUGUGCGAUUGUGUUGUGGUUCAGUCAGCGCACGGAGAGCGACUAUGAAUACAGCUUAACACUCUAG